AGGGCAUUGAGAUUCUCAGUCGCCUCUCUCAAAUUAAUCCGUGGUAUUCAAGAACGUGUUAAAAUCGAGACGCUGUUAUUAAUUUUGUGUAGUCUGUAGUGAGUUGAAUGAUUUCUCAUAACAGUUUUAAAAAAGGAAGAGUUUAAAAAAGAUUUAAUUUGUAUUUCUAAUGAAAGGAAUGCAGUUGACUCGUCCCGGGUUGCUGGCAAAAUCUACAGUAUCAACAGUUGUAAAAAAUGCAUCUUGCAGUCGAGGUUGGUUGCGACUUGUGGUGCAGUCUAUUUUUGCUGCUAUCACGGUGGCCAGUUUUAUUCUCAUACUUUUGAUGGCUGUACCAACAUGGCCGUCACAAUCCUUACCACCACCGCCGCCACCACCCAUUCCUGCACGGUGCCGUAUUGAAAACUGCAGAAUUUUCUGCCUAGAUACACCGUAUUUUGGAGAGUAUGAAGACCACAUAAUUCGCGCAAUAAUGACUGUUGAAGAGAAUAAUUGCGUACAAAUAUUUUUAACAUUGGAAUCACCAAUGUUUAUUGACAACACAAUGCCACCAAAAUGGCUGGACAGGCUGCGAACGAAUAAUAUUCAUGAAUUGACAAUAUCGAAUGGAAAUCUGGCACAUAUCCCCUCAGAUGCUUUUAUGAGUCAGUGUUGUACAAAUAUCAGGGUUUUGGAAUUCAAGAACCUGAGGCUGAAAUCUUGGACACCUGAUAGUUUUGUAGGCCUGUCGAAUUUAGAACACCUUUUCAUAAAAAACAUUGGCCUUUAUGAAAUACCUAGGGAUGCUUUAAGGGCUUUGCAUGACACGUUGGGAAGCCUGACGAUAACCAGAAGUAACUAUUGGAGUCCACAAAACAUCACUGGUGUGACAAUAUUUACUCGACUUGAAUCUGUUGAUUUCUCCUCUAACAAUUUUAAAGACGUAUUAGAUAGAAAUAGCUUUAUCGGUCUCAGAAAGUGUAAAAUUCUGUAUCUGAAUUCAUGUGGAAUAACUUCAAUCGGAGCUGGAACCUUUGACAGUUUAGUCAAUAUUGAAAUGAUAUUCUUGCACAACAACCAACUGACGACGCUGCCCCCCGGUCUGCUCAGCAAUGCUAUUGGGACUUCUGAUCUUAGACCUCGAAUUAACUUACAAUACAAUUUAUGGGAAUGUGAUUGUUCAGCAGAAGAAAUCAUAAGACUAACAAGACAAGACGUGCUACUGACCGAUCCAGUUUGUGAUAGCCCAGAAUACUUCCAAAAUAAAACUUUUAGUGAACUUGAUGAAUAUUGUUCUGAUAAUCUUGACUUUGCUUACGGAAAUAUUUUCAAAAAUACAUCAAAUGAUGCAAGUGGUGCAAGGUGGUGGGAAUACAUAGAUGACAUAUGUGGUUUCUUUUACGUGAGCCAGAGGUGCUUUCUCAAUUAUCCUUUGAGUUCCGGCUUAAGGAUGUUAUCACCAGUGCAUGGACAUCGCUGCAUAUCCAAUGAUACAGAGAGUAUUAAUAUCAUUCCUUCGUUUAUAAGCAGUAACGGUACCCAAAUAAUACCUGAGAAGUCUUGGAUAAAGAUGAACUAUUUCAUAAAAACUAAUCAGUAUUCUGUAGUCGAAAUAAACGCAACGGACACGGUAAACUAUGGACUAAUAUGGUAUCAAACGAACUGCCCAAAUGAGUUGUACUGCAUUAGUGAUGUGCCAUCAGUUUUCAGAAUUUAUAAUAUCGAUAAAAACGCUGAAUAUGUUUUCUGUCCUAUAAAGUUAAGUUCAGGACAGGUUGAAUCGCAAAAUUGUGUUAUUUAUCACAAUAAUAGUCUUUUUGACUUUGAAAAAGGCUACUAUCAGAUUGAAAUUUUACUUUACAUUGUGACUGGAAUGGUAUGUUUAAUAUUUGGAGCUAUUUGUGUUUACGCAGUGAUUAGAAAACAUCCACAUCUUUUAAAAGGAAGUAAAAGAAUAUUGUUUGUGAAACAUAGAUCUGUGGAUGCCUUGGUUUUACCGCCAAAAGUGCCUUUAAGGAACGAUUUGAGUGAACUACCUACAAAUGAAAGCACUAAGAAAAUUUUUGUCGUACCCGCAAACCAUAUCAAUAACGUUCCAAGUAGAUUCAAAAGAAAUAAAUCGGUAAGGAGCAAUAAGAGCAGUGCUCCAAGUUAUAUUUCAGCUCUUCAACCGACGGAGGACCAGCUGGCCGAAUGGCGUAUACGUCAUCACUUUAACAAUGAUCUAUCAAUCAAUUCUAUGACUUCAGAGCUCUCCACGUUUUCCUGGGUUUCAGAUGAUGAAGGUCUAUACUAUUCUAUAGACGUUGAUAACUAUAAAACAUAUGAGAGUGUUAAAUAGUUUAAUGACGACAGAGUAGCAAACAGGAAGAGUCUAGUCAUUUGUCAUUUGAAAUGUUAGGUAUAAUUUGUCAUGUCUAGGUCUAGAGUUAAAACUUGUUAUUUUUAAAACUAUCAGUUACUUUCCCGAACCGUGUAAAUUUAGCGAAUACCUGAAUUGGGUGUCCACUUUCAUAUCUACGAGUAUGUGAACGUUAACAUGUGCUGCAAAUACACAUUUAAG